GACAACCUCAAGAAAACUUCAACACGGAGGAGUUGCCUUGUGCAAUGAAAUGCAGCCAGUACUACACACGAUUUGAUUUCAAAAGUAAAACCAACUCCACCCUUCACAUUACAAAAAAGCAUUUAAGAAUUGUUAAGUGGUCAAUCAACUUUCUCCUCCACCCAUCUAUCUAUAUAUAUGCUUCCUAUAUCACCUUCUCUAUCCACCUCAACUAUUAAUCUCCAUAUCUAGCAAUUACUACUAGUAGCUAUCUCCUUCGGCUUUGUACUAUAUACUGGUCAGCUCUUCUUUGAUCGGUCUCUCUCGUUCUAAAUAUGGAUCCAAAUUGCUCCAGGUUCCAAGUCCUUGCUGCACUACUGAUCUCUUCCUGUUUGAUUUUCUCAUUUUCUAUCUCUGCUAUGGCUUUACCAGUAGUAGUACCACUCAAACUGGGAUUCUACCAAGCAACUUGUCCAUCUGCAGAGGCAAUUGUGAGAAAAGCUGUGAGCAAAGCCAUUUCCAAGAAUCCAGGCAUUGCUGCAGGCCUCAUUAGGAUGCAUUUCCAUGACUGCUUUGUCAGGGGUUGUGAUGGUUCUGUGCUACUCGAUUCGACACCAGGAAAACCAGCUGAGAAAGAAAAUCCAGCCAACAACCCAAGCUUGCGAGGAUUCGAGGUGAUUGACGAGGCCAAGGCCCAGAUUGAAGCUAUAUGCCCUAAAACUGUCUCAUGUGCGGACAUUCUUGCCUUCGCUGCUCGUGACAGUGCCUUCAAAGUUGGAGGGAUAAACUAUGCCGUGCCAGCAGGGCGUCGCGAUGGACGUGUUUCUUUGAGUGAUGACAUUCCACAAAAUUUACCAGCUCCCUUCUUCAACGCCACACAGUUGGAGGAAAACUUCGCCAGAAAAGGAUUGUCACGUGACGAGAUGGUGACACUCUCUGGUGCUCACUCCAUUGGUGUCUCUCAUUGCUCUUCCUUCUCCACCCGCCUUUACUCCUUCAAUGCUACUCACCCACAAGAUCCUUCCAUGGAUCCAAACUACGCAGCAUUCUUGAAAACAAAGUGCCCACCAAGCAACGCCGGUGCUGCCAUCAAUCCAACUGUGGCUCUUGAUGUUCUAACGCCAAACCGUUUGGACAACAAGUACUACACAGUAUUAAAGAAGCACCGUGGGGUACUUACUUCAGACCAGACAUUACUGAGUAGCCCUUCAACGGCUAAGACAGUGAUGUACAAUGCUAAAUAUGGUUCCGAGUGGGAGGCCAAGUUUGCUUCUGCUAUGGUGCGCAUGGGUUACAUUGACGUCCUCACUGGUAAAAAUGGUGAGAUUAGGAAGAAUUGCCACAUGGUGAAUUAUUAAUUGAUUAAGCUUCUAAGUGUUUGGAAAUAUUGUAUUCUUCAAUUUUUUUAUAUUUUUUAUUUUUUGAUAUGCCAAUUGGUUAUUCAAGUGUAAAUUAAUCAUUUUCUUGAUUGAUGUUGAUGAUGAUUUGUUGUGUUCUUUCUUUUAAUAAAAACUAUGUAUUCUCUUGCUAGUAAGGAUCCCCUGUCCUCAAAAGUUCAUGCUCUCCUAUCAUAAAUCACUCAUAAUCAUUAGAUCAUUUGAGAAUUUCAAGACAUGAGAAUCUUAAGACAUAUCCAAUGAUUAUGAGUGAUUUGAGACAUGAAGAUAAGAAUUUUUG